AUGCAGCCGGCACCGCGGUCAGAUUCAAUUGGUGCGAAUCGGAAGCAAAGGAGAGCUGCUAUCGCAUGUACCGCCUGCAGGCAGAGCAAGAUCAAAUGCUCUGGCGAUGAGCCAUGUGCCAAUUGCCGAAGACGAUCCCUGACUUGUCAGUUUGCAGAAGGAAACAACAAGAUCCUGGUUUCUGAAAGAUACCUUCGAGACUUGCAAAAACAGGCAUAUAACUGGCAACGAGCAACCGGUGUCAAGCGUCCGCGAGAAGAUUGUUUCCGAUUUGAUGAUGACCUCGACGUAGGACAUAUUGUGAAUGAUUUCGGUGCCACAGCGGAGCUUCUGGGCUCCGGGCCUGGAGGAUCUCCUACUUCGCCUGCACCGGAUCUGUCAUGCACUAUCUGGGCAAGUCCCUUCACCCUUCCAACAACCGUCAUCAAGGACACACAUCAAGAACAAAGGAAUUGGAUUUGGCUGGCCCCAUCCUCGGCAUGGUCCCUCACAGCUCGACUUAUCGUCAUGAUGACAGAGAAACUAGAGGUUGAUUCUUCUAAAGAUCCGCCUCGGUUUUAUUUGGACGGUGAUAUCUAUCCCCUCGCAUGGAACCGCGUUACGAAUCAGGAACCCGUCGACACAAGCGGUUUACCUUCCCUCGAUUACGCUCUCCAUCUGUUCCAAAUUGUUCAAUUUCACCUCGGCCAAGCGUACAGAUUUUUGGACCAUGAUUCAUUCGUUGCUCGUAUUCGCCAAUUCUAUAACAGCCCUUCCGAUGGAACGGCUACCGAACCUCGGUUCUGGUUCGUUCAGUUCCUUAUGGUUCUAGCCCUUGGGAACGCUUUUCUCUCGAGGCCUCGUAACCAGAAAGACCCUCCUGGCUCCAAAUAUUUUGCGCGUGCGAUGUCGGCUAUGCCGAACUAUACGAGCACUGGGAAGGACAGCCUUCUAGCGAUCGAGGCUCUCGCAUUGGUCGGGCUAUACUUGUACGCUAUCGACCAUCGGGAAGCAGCUCACGUUCACGUCGGCCACGCGAUACGGAUAGCACAGCUAGAAGGGAUGCAUACUCAACUUCCUGAAGAGGUUCUUGGGGCUGCUACGGUUGCUCGGUGUCGCAAUUUGUGGUGGUCUUUGUACACCAUGGAUCGUCACUUUUCGCCAUCACUUGGACUUCCAAUGACAACCAAAGACAGUGAAAUUACCACUUUGAUCAGCUCGUCAAGCUCCAAUCCAGAUCCAAAAGAUCUUGCAUUUAGUCUUCAAGUGAGGAUCACGCGGAUGCAUUCAUUCAUCAUUGGUACUAUCUACAAAACGGAAAAGACACCACUUGGUACAUUUUUAGAAAUAACUCGAAGUAUCCUAGAGACUAUGGCUAGGUAUGCAGAGGAGAUUGAGAAGAUGAUUCAUGUCAGCUUUCAGGCCUCCAUAGAUAACGUGUCCGAGGAAACGCGUCACACAAUACUAUUGUAUCAUCAGUGUGUCAUCAGUGCCACAAGGCCCCUACUGCUCUCUGUGCUUAAGGAACGACUAGAAAAGCUUGGUCGGGCAGAAGAAGACUGGCAGAAAUUCCUGGCUCUUCCCAUAUCCCUGAUAUCUAUUGGCAUCAAAUCUGCCGAGAAAACACUUCGGAUAAUUGGUGAUGAGAAUGGCCUUCUUGAAACAUUCCUACCAUUUGACCUCGAGUUAACCUAUGCAGCGGCUCUGCAUCUAACCAUGGCCAAUGCACUCUUCCCUCCUGAUCCAGACAGCCAAUCUUACAGUCAUGUUGCACAUUCAAUCCUGGACGAAAUGGUCCUUUCAGGAAACCGAGUUGCCGAAGCACGAAAGCGAGAACUGAUCCGUAUCGAGGGCUUAUUCCAGGAGCUUGCCAGACGAGUCGAACAGGAAGGUCUUCGAAUUUUGACAUUAGCAGAUCAAGGGCUUACAGAUCUUACGCCUCUGAAUAUCCCUGACGAGUCUCAACCGGGAGAUGUACCUGUGACGGAGCCGUCGAUUGGUUUCCAGCCUUCGGCACGAGAAAAUCGGCCAUCCUCUGCUGGCUCACUUGCUCCCGCCAACAUUGAGUUCCUUGACAGUAUUGGAAUCUCUUCCAAUGAGUUCCUUUCCAUAGUUGAUCAGAUCAAUAAUCCAGGAAUGCCGUACGGUGCCUUGGAUGUCCGGCCAGAUUGGGUAUCAGGAGAAGAUCCUCCGUCGUAUUCGUUUGAUUGA